UACACAGCUGCAAAUUCCAACAACCGACCUUGUUCGUUGUUCAGUAAACACUGCAUAGAAACGCAUUACUUUUCUCCCAGAAAUUGCAUGAAAUACUAUUUGAAAGAGUUUCUUUUCAGGGGAGAAGCAUUUAGUUCGGGUGAACUACAAAGUACAAUUCAGCAAGACGGAAUCAGUACAACAGGGUUUGGCUGUGAAUGCUUGUUAAUUUUACCUCAUAAAGUGCAUGCAGACUGCAACUUUUCAAUUCAAUGGAGGAGGUUGCCUAAACGGUAUUAGGCGUUUGGAAGACAAGCUACCAGCGGAAAAUGCCCACUAUUCAAGACAUAGAUCCUGAGGAAUCAUUUUAUUCGGAUGAUAGUUUUUCUGAUAACUCUGACGAGGAACUGCGAGUAGAAUCAAGAGGGUCACGUGCAACCCCACUGUCGGUGCGCCCCAAAAGCGCCCCCAAGAGGACGCCGAGGAAAGCAGGGUCAACAAAACCACCAUCGCCUUACCAACAGAGGCCUUCAUCAGCCAAACAAAGAGGCAAAAACGCAACAUUAUCUUCCAGUGGUCCUCAGAAAUCAUCCAGGGAAUUGUGGUUGCAGAGUCUUCGUCUUGGCACCGGAAAUUUAACAGGUAGCGGUCGGAGUAGCAACUACACUGGCAAAGCAGGGACAGCCAAUGCAGGCCUGAACAGCUGUAGUGAUUAUCUCAAGGAAACAGUGUUAGGGAUGACGUCCAGAAAGCAUCAACGGGGUAACACAGUAGAUGAACCCCUGAACAGGAACUCCAAGGGCGUACCGAGCUACAAGCCCAAGGAGGAUAUGUAUGAUGACAUCUUGGAACUCAAGAAGCAAAACAACAUCUUGAAGGCUGAGAGCGAGCGAAUCAAAGCGCGGAACCGGCGACUGGAAGAUGAGCACCUCAAGAAAGAGAGGACAAUUGAGCAACUUCUUGAUCCGACCAAGGGUGAUGUACGAAUGACAUUAACGAGCAAGCAACCAGACACUGCAGCCAAAAUGAACAGUUUGAAGCAGAAGGUUGUCAAACUAGAGAUGGUUCUAAAAGACAGGGAGACUGAACUGAGCAACUUGAAGAGCGACUUGAAAACAACAAAGAUUGACGAGAUGAGAGUUGGCAUGGAGGCGUUCUACCAAGAGGUUCAGAGGUUAAGAUAUCUUCAGUCGCAAGGAAUCCGAGAAAACGGCAGGUCGCCCUCGAGGCCAAACACAGCCGAGAAAGACCCCAACAGCACGGCCAAGCUGAAAGCCUUGAAUGCAACUAUCCUGAGACUGACGGAGAGCAACCAGCGGCUGCAGAGCGAGAACAAACUACUCAAGCAGGACCUGGAGAGGGCGCUAGACGAGGCCAUGUCGGACCUGGGCGACACGCCUCGGGCCAAGAAGCGAAGGGAUAGGAAGAGAGACUAUGAAGACAUGAAUAGGAAAGAGCUGCUGACUGCAGUAUUGGACCUAGAAGAUCAAGUCGCCAAACUGGAAGGCAAGACCACCUCUAACUCCUCGCGUCGCUCGGAAAUGCCGGAGAAGAUUGAGUUAAGCGGUACCUUGGCAGACCGGCUAGAUCAGCUGGACAAACGAGAAACGGAGCUCUUGGGAGACAAGGUGAAGCUGGAGAAAGAUUGCAACAGGCUGAAGGAUGACAAGGCUAAACUCAGACAAAGGGUGGAUGAGCUAGAAGACGAGAUUCAAGUCCUUAAGAAGGAACUCUCUGAGUCUGCAUCCAAAGACAAAGACCGACGACGUUCCUUGCAGCGACGUUCCAGUUCUGACUCCCUACACAGCUCUCGUUCCCAGAAACGCCAGCAUCAGAAGCAGAGAGAAGAAGAGGAAUGGAUCAGGGAGCGAGACCGAAGGGUGGAAGAGUUCCGUAAAAACCGCUCGGCACGCAACAUCCAGAAGAACUGGAAGGCCCAUCAAAAGAGGGCUGUGGAUGAAGAUGAAAUGGAUGAUGCCGCCGUAAUGAUCCAAUCAGCUGUGCGAGGCCACAUGGGACGCAAGGAGCAGAUGAGGCAGCAGGAUACCAAGCGUCGCCGUAGCAACCGGAGCGUGUAUAGCGACGACGAGGAUGAGGAUAGCGAGAUGGAUGAUGCAGCGUUGACCAUCCAAUCAGCAGUGAGAGGUCACAUGUCACGCAAGGACUACAUGAAGAAAACGAGUGACGAUUCAGCGUCGGAGAGAGAAGAGCGUCGAUCAUCCAGGUCACGGUCAGGGUCACGACACAGCAGAUACAAUGGCAAUAUUUCUUCAAGGGCAGUGUCAGAGAUUGAGGAGGACAUCGUGGAUUCAGACGACGACAGCAUUGUGAUUGGAGGAAGCACAGCCAAUCUGAGGAUGUCGUCCAAUCAGAGCUCUCGAACUACAUCAGCUAGGAAAGAUCGUGAGAGUCCCAUAAUGAGAUUGGGAAGUCGUCAUAGUAGCCGUGCAGGCAGCCGAUCCAGCACACCACGGAUUGCACCGAGCGUUGCCAAUGACGACGAUCAUGAUAGUGAUGAUUUUGUAAUGGGAGGCAAAUAAAAUCUUGAAAGAUGAUUUUUAAGGUUUGCUUGUGGAUGGUGAUAUGGGAUUUAAAAUAAGAUCUUUGUGGGAUAUGUCUAGAAGCCAACUCUGUAAUACCAACUCUAUUUUACAUCACACAUUGUCACAAAGUAUUGUCUUUAGGGUCUUAAUGACCUUAUGAUUGGGAGAAUGUUUCAUUUUAAUGCAAGAGGUUCUUAAUGGGGCAGUUUGCAAUACAGUGUCUCCGAGCGUUUGUCUUGAAGAGGCAAUUUUUCAACUUAACUGUUGAUUUGUUUUCAUCUGCUAUUCGUCAGUUAAUCAUUCACCCAUUAUUGUUUAUGUUUAUUACCACAAACACAGAAAUUUAAUAUUCGCAGAUAAAAAAAUCCACCUUAAAUAAUCCCCGUCCCAAAAAGCUAAAUAUAUAUCUCAAUAAAAAAUUAAUCAUUUUUUAAUACAAUAAACACUUAACCCUCUAAGUAUUUUUUUUAUUAAUUGUACAAAGAUAUUUGUUUUUGGUAAGGGUAAAAAAUGGCAAAUUCUUUGUUUAUUUUUUCCAGAGUCUUUUGUUCAAAGAUUUGUAGCGUGUGCGUGUAAAUAAAUCCUUCAGGGGUUAAUUUGUUGACGUCUUAGAAUGUUUAUGCAGUGUGAUGGUCAAGUAAAACACUUUUGACAACUUGUGAAUAUUACAAGGUAUUUUUGUUUUUCGGGUAGUAUUUGUAUAUUUCUGCAAUAAACUGUGUGUUUUGGGUGAUGUAGCUAGGAUGAUAAAACUAAGUACAUGUAUGUGGGAUAGAUAGCAUCAAAAGUGUGAUUUGCAAAUGUGCCUUCAAUCCGAUUGUAAAUAAUUCUAAAAGUAUUCCAUCGAGGUGAUUUUGACUUGUCAUUAAUAUUGAUGAACUUAUUGAAAGGUAAAGCAAUGCUUUAUAUGUGGAUGUAUUUUCACUGCCAGCCAAUAGUUUUUUGUUCUAAGUAUUAUAUAUGAAGUGAAUAUUUCUUCAUGCCUUUGGUAUUCUCCACGCAGUCAAAGUAGAAAACAAAAUGAGCACCAGUUUUGACCAAAAUAUCUUUCAUUUGUUGAAGUGUACAUUGUAGUAAGAUUCAGUCAAUCUAGGCUGUUGGCAAAAUGUCUUGGAUAGUAGAAUAAAUCAAUCGUAGCUAUCAAUUGAAACUUGGUAAAAUCCAGCUAAAACACCGUAGGCUGAUUAUUCAAAACCAUUAUGAAUGUUGAGACAAUUCUGUCUUUCUCAAAAUGAAACAAAUGUCCACUUCAGAAUUCACAUGUAGAACUGUCUAAGCCAGCAGCAGUUUGUUAGCGCAAUUAACUUUUUCUUGUAGAAAAUAUGCAAGGCAUACGGGUGAACUAAUUUCUUUGUUUUGGAAUAAAAAUGAAUGUCUAAAAGUAAAA